AUGCAUCUUCGCAAGUCGAGAAGCUUAUCGAUAACGGCCCCGCCAAAAAAUCUCAAGUUUUCAAAGCGGAAUUGCAGUGCGAUGCGACUGAGCCGUCACAGCGUCUGUGUUGGAACCUCCAGUCCUUAUACCAUUUUUCACCAACCUUGCGAAUCACUUUUCAGCUCGUUUCCGCAUCAAUCUCUCAGCACUCUGUUUAACAUCUCAUUUCGCACAUCGUUUCAUAUUACAAAUCUAAUUAAUUAUCAAUCAUGGCACCAGGCCGUGCCGGCGCCAAGAAGGAUGCCCCCAAUCUGAACAAGCUUCUUGCGGAUGCAGAGACUCAGUAUGAAGUGGGAAAUCUCGAUGAGGCCAUUGCUCUCGCAUCAAAGGCCCUGGAGCAAACAGGAGAAGGCGGCGACUUUGAACUCAAAGCCUUGAACUUGCUGGGCGUUUUGAACGUGGAGGAUGGUGAGGUGGAAGAGGCUCGCGAAUACUUCUUACGAGCUGUCAAGUUGGAUGAGGAGGGUAUUCUGGAGGAAAAGAUUGGCGGUGGCCCCGAAAAAUUCCUGUUUCUGGCUCAGCUGAGCGAGGAGGGUGGACAGGACAGCGUUCAGUGGUUCGAGCGCGGCGCCUCUGCUCUACGAAAACAGAUUCAGACAUUGAACGACAUCACCAACAGGACACCCGAGCAGCAGGCUGCUCUCGACGAGAUGCAGAGCAAGCUCGGUGGUGUCUUGUGCGCGGUUGCUGAGGUAUACAUGACAGAUCUGUCGUGGGAGGCGGAUGCUGAGCAGCGAUGUGAGGCUCUCAUCACCGAGGCCAUGCUUAUCGCCCCCAACUACGCCGAGACCUGGCAGACAGUGGCCAACGUGCGCAUCUCACAAGAAAGAGUCGACGAGGCUCGGACUGCCCUGAAACGAAGCCUGGAGCUUUGGCAGGAUCUGCCUCCCGAACAUCCCUCGGUGCCGGAAUUCCCUACCAGAGUCGCCCUGGCACGACUGCUUAUGGAGACUGAGAUGGAGGAGCAGGCCCUCAUGGUGCUGGAGCGUUUAGUCACAGACGAUGAUUCUAGUGUCGAGGUGUGGUACCUGGGAGGAUGGUGUCUGUACGUCGCGGGCGAGAAGCUGCGCGAUGCGAAGCCCCAGCAGAACGGCGCCGAGGAUGCCAGCGAAGAGUGGAAGGCGACGUGGGGCUACUCCAGGAAAUGGCUGAGCCAGUCGCUGAAGCUGUACGAGCAGCAGGAGUAUGAGGAUGAGAGGCUUGGUGAGCACGCGUCGGAGCUGCUGCAGAGUAUCAACAAGGAGCUGGGUGAGCCUCCGGAAGGGGAGGAUGAGGAGGAGUGGUCUGGUAUUAGCGAUGAUGAAGACGAUGAUGAGGAGAUGCAGGGUUAGACAAGGAAAAGGAACGGGGGAAAAAAGGAGAUUAAUAGUGAAUUUGGAUGAAUGGCGUUAGACAAAAAGGGUUCAGAUUACGCAGAAUAAAAAAGGGCGGGUUUGAUGAAUGAUGAGAGGUGGAUAAAUGAAGGCUUUUAGGAGAUUUAUGCUACUAGAUACAUACGACAAUCCAAAGUUUUGAUAAUAUACCCAAGAUUCUU